GGUUGUCGGAGUGAUGUCACCACCCUCCUGUAUGCGCGUCCAACCACCGGCAGCGCGCGUCCCCAAAGAGACGCUUGGCACCGGAGCGCGCAGGCGGCAUUACGCACGGAUCCCCGUGACUGUGACAUGCCUUUUCUCACAUUUAUGAUGCAUUCGGAACUUCUGUGUCGCAUCGGGACUUUCUGGGGGUCUUGUUGCUCCCGCGGUGGUGCUCAUUUUCUGGGUUGUUUUCCGUUUAAAGAGCGUUACGCGCGGCUGGACUGCACGAAUCGGCCGGUUCGGAGGACGAUAGGAGGACGCACGCACAAACAUGACGCACCGGGGCGAAUUUGAGCCACGAUGGAUUCAAGUGAGGUAAACGCGGUGUUGGAAAACGUCUCCAGGGAUGUCAACAGCACGGACGCGGCUUUCGAGUUGCCUCACUCGGUGCCGGCCUCCGCGCUCAUCAUCUUGGUGGUGACGGUGAUCAUCUCCGUGACCAUAGUGGGGAAUGUGUUGGUGAUUGUGGCCGUGCUGACGAGCCGCGCUCUCCGCGCUCCUCAGAACCUCUUCCUGGUCUCCUUAGCCUCAGCGGACAUCCUGGUGGCCACCCUGGUCAUCCCCUUCUCGCUGGUCAACGAGGUGAUGGGGUACUGGUACUUUGGGAGCACAUGGUGCGCCUUUUACUUGGCGUUGGAUGUCUUGUUCUGCACCUCCUCCAUCGUGCACUUGUGCGCCAUCAGUUUGGACCGCUACUGGUCCGUGACUAAAGCGGUGAGCUACAACCUGAAGAGGACCCCGAAGCGCAUCAAGUCCAUGAUCGCAGUGGUGUGGGUGAUCUCGGCGGUCAUCUCGUUCCCGCCUCUUCUCAUGACCAAACACGACGAGCGUGAAUGUCUCCUCAACGACGAGACCUGGUACAUCCUGUCCUCCUGCGUGGUGUCCUUCUUCGCACCGGGUCUCAUCAUGAUCCUGGUCUACUGUAAGAUCUACAAAGUGGCGAAGCAGCGCUCCUCUACUGUGUUUGUGGCCAAAAACGGUCUGGAGAGGCAACCGUCCCAAUCGGAGACAUGCUUCGUUAGGAAGGACCGCUUCGAGAUGGAGAGUCCCAGCAGUCAGAGUUCCGGAAGUCACCCGCAAAGACAAGGCGAACUGGACGACAUCGACUUGGAGGAGAGCUGCUGCCCGUCGGACACCAAACCCCGUAACCAUAACGUCACCAAGCGGAGCAAAGUGGAAGGUUCCGAGAGCUACUCGUCUCAGAACUGUCGUAUCUCCUGGGCCUCGUCCCGAGCGUCGCAGCUCUACCCGGAGCACAAGAGCCAAGCGGGACGCCAACACGCCUCCGCCGCCGCCAUGAACAAGACCAAAGUGGCCCAGAUGCGAGAGAAACGCUUCACUUUCGUGCUCGCCGUGGUGAUGGGGGUGUUUGUGCUCUGCUGGUUCCCCUUUUUCUUCACUUACAGCUUGCACGCUAUCUGCAGGGACAGCUGCUACAUCCCUGGCACUCUCUUCAACCUUUUCUUUUGGAUUGGCUACUGCAACAGCUCCGUCAACCCCAUCAUUUACACCAUUUUCAACAGGGAUUUCAGAAAAGCUUUCAAGAAAAUCAUUUGGCGGACCUCUAAGCGCACAUGAACAACGGGGGGAGAGCGAGGCUUUUCCGGGUGGCAAAUCUCUUUCUCACAGCUUUCUUUUUUUUUUUUUCAAUGGCGAGGAAAGAAUUAAAGGAGAUUAGACGAACUCAGCCUGGAGCUGAUUGUUUCCCGUCUGCACAAUUGUAAUGUGACUUCUGGAACAAUGGCUGUUGUGUACAGAUCAUAAUGUAAAAAAAAAAAACAAAAAAACAGUAGAAACAUAUUCAUAACCAUCUGAAACGUGCAUGGUGAGUAUUACUAAUGGUUCUAGAAGAGAGUGACAUGCCAAUCAAAUGCUGGACGCACAAAAAGUCCUUUGUUUAAAAUAAAUAUCUCAUUUAAAUGUGCAUUUGAAAACAUGGCAGGCAGGCAGUGCUCGUCGGCACAAAUGGUGUCCAUAUUGUGGCCUGGGGGCUAUUUUUUUUUGGCUUGAAGCUCAUUUUUUUAUUGUUACAUUCUAAAAAAUAAAAUGCAUUAUUAAUGA